UGGUGUUCAGACAUAACGAUUGGCUGAAGACGUAGGAGAGGCGUGACUACGGCGGCGCGUGGGUUCGCUUGCUUGUGUGACACAAUUAUAACAACUUUAAGCUGGUGGCUGUAGGGAAUUUUAUGGUCGUAUAAUACUAUUUUCAAAUUGCACUUCAUGCAUUACAUUUUAUUAGUUGCAUAAAACUAUUGUGUCUAAAAAUGUGACGCGAAUACUUUUUGGAGGGGUACUUGUUUUCCUGAAAGGAUUUACAAUUUUGAAUUGCUUUUUUGAUCCCGGAGAAAAGUUUCUUGUUUCUAAUCAAUUUUUAGUUUUCGUUCUUUGAUUUGGUGGAGUAUUUCGUUCGCCCUCUCGUCGCGAUUCCAUGCAAUCGUGCGGAGUCUCGCUCGCUGUUGCUGCCUGCGCUGCUGCUCGGAGUCUCGGCUCGGCUUCUGGUGGUGAUGAGGAAAAGAAAAUGGCGGCGGGAAAAGCGAGUGAAACCGAGGAGGACUUUCCGACGCUGACAGCCCAAGAGAGGGACAGCUUGGUCGGAAUUGACAGCUCACUGUUUGGAUUUCAGAGGCUUCAUGAAGAUGGCGCCAGAACGAAGGCCUUACUGUUGAAGGCUGUUCGCUGCUACGAUUCUCUCAUCUUAAAAGCUGAAGGAAAAGUGGAGCCAGAGUUAUUCUGCCAGCUAGGCCACUUCAACUUACUCCUGGAGGAGUAUGCUAAAGCAUUAUCAGCAUACCAGAGGUACUACAGUUUACAGUCGGACUACUGGAAGAAUGCUGCCUUCCUGUAUGGCCUGGGCAUGGUCUACUUCCAUUACAACGCGUUUCAGUGGGCGAUUAAAGCGUUCCAGGAGGUGCUCUACAUUGACCCUAGUUUCUCCCGAGCAAAGGAGAUCCACCUGCGACUCGGCCUCAUGUUCAAGGUCAACACAGACUAUGAGUCAAGCCUAAAGCAUUUUCAGCUGGCUUUGAUUGACUCCAACCCCUGCACUUUGUCCAAAGCUGAAAUUCAGUUCCACAUCGCCCAUUUGUAUGAGAUCCAGAAGAGAUACCGGGCUGCCAAGGAGGCAUACGAGAGCCUUCUGAAGACGGAGAAUCUCCCAGCACAGGUGAAGGCCACUACUCUCCAGCAGCUAGGCUGGAUGCAUCACACGGUGGAGCAACUUGGAGACAGAGCCAACAAGGACAGCUAUGCCAUCCAGUGUCUGCAGAAGUCACUGGAGGCGGACCCCAACUCCGGACAGUCCUGGUACUACCUCGGCAGGUGCUACUCCAGUAUCGGGAAGGUCCAGGACGCCUUCAUCUCCUACAGGCAGUCCAUUGACAAAUCUGAAGCCAGUGCAGACACGUGGUGUUCUAUAGGUGUCCUGUACCAGCAGCAGAACCAGCCCAUGGAUGCGCUGCAGGCCUACAUCUGCGCCGUGCAGUUGGACCACGGCCAUGCGGCCGCCUGGAUGGACCUGGGCACGCUCUACGAGUCCUGCAGUCAGCCGCACGAUGCCGUCAAGUGCUACAUCAACGCCACACGCAGCAAGUCAUGCACCAACGCCGCCGCGCUCACACAGCGCAUCAAAUGCCUGCAGGCUCAGUUGAGUAACCCCCAGCUCACUAGUCAACAGAGUAAAAGUAAAAUGCUCCCUCUUAUUGAGGAGGCCUGGAGUCUACCUAUCCCAGCAGAGCUUACCUCCAGGCAGGGUGGCCUGAACACUGCACCGCAGGCGUGUAAGCCCCAGCACGGCUUGGAGGGAGGGGGAUCAGGCCCAGCUCUGCCCCCCCAUGUGGGCCCCGUGGGCCCGGGGGAGGACCAGUCCAGUCCAGCCAAGAGGAGGAGGGCUUCCAGCCCAGCCAAGCAGAGUCAGACGGAUCCCUGGGCCAGUAACUCAGCACAGCAGCCGGUCCCCAACUGGUACCUAUCGCCACAGAAACUACAGCUCCUGGACCAGUUGAGGAGUAACCGGGCCAGCCUGAAGCCCCCACAGCUGCAGAUGUUAGAACAGCUGGAGGCACAACUCAACCUAAUGCAGCAGCACCAGCAGCAGAUGAGACAGCUGCGUCCCACCCUCCCCAACGGCCCCUUAGGCACCAACUCCCUCCCCCCUCCCCACCCCAGCCUGCCCACCUCCCGGCCCCAUGUGGCCUCACAGGGCUCAUCGCGGCCCCCCUGCCCCCCCCAACCACUGGCCAACGGGCCUCUGGCAGCCGGAGCGCCGCACGGACACUCGGACGCUCUUUCUGUGGGCAAUAAUGACAGUAAUAAUCACCCGGCGGCGGCCCCAGGACCCAACGGACCCAACGGAGACGUGCCUUACCUGCAGCCCGGCGCACUACUACCUCACACCUGCACAAGCACCCAAUCACAGGACACAGCGCGCCGGGCCCUGCACCUAAACGCCACUCAGGGGCUUCUGAUGGGUUCCGCUCCGCAUUGGGCGGGGCCUAAUGGCGACGGGCCCCUCCCCUCCUCCGGGGGGUCCACCCACCCCCUCUCACACCCCCAGACGCCCCACAAUCAGGUCGGACAUUCCACCGCCCCGGCCGGCGCCCCGUCGCCGCGGCAGCCGGCUCUCAACCACCUGCCGUCCCCCCCUGCCCCGCCUCCUCAGUCUGCUACCUCAGGUGGAGCACCCGGCCACGCCCCCGCUACCAAAGAGAGCAUGCCCCUCGGCAACGGCCCCACCGCCGCGGCGACGGAGGGGCCCGGUGGGGCCUCGACGACGGCCAACAGCACUGCCACGGUGGCGGAAGGCUUAUCCAAUCACGUCCAGCCGGCACCGGCGGGCGAGGACGGCCACAGCUCAGACAAUCCUAAGGGGGUAGACCCCGCCCCCUCCGCCCCCCACAAGACGGUCAACAAUGUUCACCCGGCUGUCUCCUCGGCCGCCUCCUCGCCGAUCUCUGCCAUGUCAACCGCCACCCCCUCGCCCAAAUCCACGGAGCCCGGCCAGUCGACGGGCAUGCACGGCCUCAACAGCCCCUCGAUCACCACCGCGUCGUCCUCGGCCGGCCCUACCACCGUCCUGAACGGGAACGGCAAGGGGGGCAUCUCUGAGGACUCCCAGAGCCCGCUGAAGGCGGACCCCCCUGCCACGUGCCGCCGACCCACGCCACCACAUGCCCGAACCCCCUCUUCGUCGUCCUCAUCCUCCGUCUCCAUCUACCCCUCCUCCACAGACGUGCUCAAGGCCUGCAGGAACCUGGGGAAGAACGGUUUGUCUAGCAGCAGUAUCCUGCUGGAUAAGUGUCCACCUCCUCGCCUGCCCCCUCCCCCCUCCCCAGCCCUGCCCAAGGACAAACUCAACCCCCCCACACCAAGCAUCUAUCUGGAGAACAAGAGGGAUGCGUUCUUCCCUCCGCUACAUCAGUUCUGCACAAACCCCUCCAACCCGGUCACAGUCAUCAGAGGGCUGGCCGGGGCACUCAAACUGGACCUGGGUCUGUUCUCCACCAAGACUCUAGUGGAGGCCAACCCCGACCACCUGGUGGAGGUGCGGACCCAGCUGGCUCAGCCCGCUGACGAGAACUGGGACCUAAGCGGCACCAAGAAGAUGUGGCGCUGCGAGAGCGGCCGUGCUCACACCACCAUCGCCAAAUACGCUCAGUACCAGGCUGCGUCCUUCCAGGAGUCACUACGGGAGGAGAACGAGAAGAAGGCGUUGAAGGAGCCCUCAGACACUGAGCCAGCUUCAGCAGAUGGCGUGGCGCGCAAGAGGAGGGGUCCCCUGAAGCACAUCAAGUUUGGGACCAACAUCGACGUGUCGGACGAAAGAAAGUGGAAGCUUCAGCUCCAGGAGCUCAGCAAGCUGCCGGCCUUCUCCAGGGUGGUUUCUGCUGGGAACCUGCUCAGCCACGUGGGUCACACCAUCCUGGGCAUGAAUACGGUCCAGCUCUACAUGAAGGUCCCCGGCAGCAGGAUAGCGGGUCACCAGGAACACAACAACUUCUGCUCGGUGAACAUCAACAUCGGCCCGGGGGACUGCGAGUGGUUCGCCGUGCCGGAGCCCUAUUGGGGGGUGAUGAGCAACUUCUGUGAAAAAAACAAUAUCAACUUCCUGAUGGGCUCGUGGUGGCCCAACCUGGAGGACCUGUACGAGGCAGAUGUCCCGGUGUACCGGUUCAUCCAGCGCCCGGGCGACCUGGUGUGGCUCAACACGGGCACGGUCCACUGGGUCCAGGCCAUCGGCUGGUGUAACAACAUCGCCUGGAACGUGGGACCCCUGACCGCUCACCAGUACAAGUUGGCCGUGGAGCGCUACGAAUGGAACAAGCUCCAGAGCGUAAAGUCCCACGUACCCAUGGUGCACCUCUCCUGGAACAUGGCCCGCAACAUCAAGGUCUCGGACCACAAGCUCUUUGAGAUGAUCAAGUACUGCCUGCUACGAACGCUGAAGCAGUGCCAGUCUGUGAAGGAGGCCCUGGUGGCUGCUGGGAAGGAGACAGUGCUGCAGCCCAGGAACAGGGAUGAGCCAGCACACUACUGCACCAUCUGUGAGGUGGAGGUGUUCAACCUGUUGUUUGUGCGGAGCGAGCUCUUCUCCAGGAAGCAGAAGCCAUAUGUGGUUCACUGCCAGGACUGUGCCCGGAAAGGCAGCGCAGAACUGGAGAACUUUGUGGUUAUAGAGCAGCACAGGAUGGAAGAUCUCAUGCAGGUCUACGACCAGUUCACAUUAGACAUGGUCCCAGAUGGAAUGUGGCAUGUUCAGGCCCCCCCUCUGCAUUCAACUUCAUCUUGACAUUAGACAUCCCUUCUGCUUCUGUGGGGCGACCAAGCAUUACAGGAACUUCAUUUCAAACACAAAUGGACCAUUUCUGAUAUUCAGGAAAGUCGAGGCCGUCUCCCCAUGUGGCUGGUGUCCAUCGCGCUGGCUGGAGGCAGCAGCGGCUGUGUGUGUCUAUGCAACCUGUCAAAAGUGCGCCGUGUCAACCCCCCUCUUACCCCUGGGGGGCGCCAGAGAGCGCACUUCCCAACACAGGACCCCCCCGUGACAAUGGUUUAGCUCUUACUGGAGGACUUAUUCCAAAAACUGUUGGGAAGAGGGUGGAGAAACUACUAUUGAGUGAAGAUGUUUUGUAGAUAUUGUAUCUGUCACAGCUGGCAACACCACCCUAAAAGACUACUGACUUGACAUGAUCUUUCUCUUUUUUUUGUAUUCUGUUAACAGGCUGAGAUGUGAUCCCUUUGUUUUCCCUGAAUUCUCCAGGUUUUUUUUCUUCCCUCUAAGGAGCACUAGCCUAACUGGUCUUUUUGUAUGAUAGUAAUUUUAAGACUCUUUGGAUGACAAAAUCUAUAAAAAAAAAAUUGUAAUGUGAAGAGUUUAGGUGAUUUUUUUUUUUUUUUUUUACGGCUUUGUUUUAUCUUUGUCUUGUUAUUUUGGAACUAUGACAUUCAGUUUUGUUUCUUAGGUAAAAAAAGGAAAAAAUUAGAAAAAAAAAUAAUAGCCAAGUCACAAAGAAAAAUGGGUUGCACAUAGACUUAAGGAAUACAGUUUAAUUUGUGAUUUUGUUUUGUUAUGUUUCUAAUCUUGAUGUAAAUUUACACUAUUUAUAAAUACAUAUUUAUUGCUUGAAAAUAUUUGUUGAUGGAAUGCUGUUAUUUUUUUCAGAGUACCUGCCAUUAAAUUUGAAGGAGUUUUGUCAUUUUAACACAACUCCUCUUACAUUUUCUAUAUAUGAAUAAAACUGCUUAGCAAGCAUUGUACAGAAACGGACAUUUAAAAUUGUUUUAUUGUUUGAAGAAUGUUUUAUGAUGAGUCAUUAAACACAAAAUUGUCAAA